AUGGGACGCAAGAAGGCCGCGGAGGCUGUCGUUGCUGCCGCCGGCGUGAACUUCUGGACGCUGGAGGAGCCGACGCUGUGGUACGCCGUCGGCCUCCUCGCCCUGCAGGUGGUGGGACGAGAGGUCUUCAAGCGCUACGGCCCGUUCAAGAGCGAUGCCGCGCUAUUCGCGCACCAGCUGUGCUCGAUGGUCUGCAUCGCUCACUGCGCGUUCUGGGGGGUGUACUACUGGUUCGGGGAGGCUAACACCAUCGAGGACCGUCUGUACGGCCCCUCUGUCGGCGCUCUGGUCAUCGGAAAGGUUAACCUGGCGUUUCAGUUUUACGACCUGGUGGCGACUGUGUUCAUCGGACGACUCUGCAAGGUGGAGAUGAUCGUGCACCAUGCCCUCGCAACCGUCAUGUGCUACUUCCUCAUGCGGGACUGCUACGUCCACUACUACGCCAUCUUUUUCCUGGGGAUCUCGGAGGUGAGCUCGGUUCCCCUGGUCUUCGUGGACGUCUUCAAGUUCUUCCCGGACGUGGCGGCGAGUUUCGAAGGCGUGAAUAACCUGCUGCGAAUCUCUUUCGCGCUCAUCUUCAUGGUCGUGCGCGUCUUGUACUGGCCGAUCGUGGCCGCCCGGCACCUGUUCGACACCUUCGGCUCGGUGCAGGCAGGCACCGUGCACGACGUCGGGGUCGUCGGCUUCUUCACGGCUUGCAACCUCGCGCUCACGUUCAUGCAGUGGUAUUGGGGGUACCUCAUCGUGCGGGCGGCGACCAAGAUGCUCUCGGGCGGGAAGAAGGAUUCCAAGAUCAAGAAGCAGUAG